AUGGCAAAGAAGAAUGCUCAGGAGGCUUAUCAAAGGGUCCAGGAGGCUAAGGCGAAGUCCCGAGCUAGGUCUGGUGGUGCCAGGGCGAUUACCUCUCCUCCUCCUCCUCCUCCUCCUAAAAAUACUGGCACUCCCUCUCAACCCAUUGUCCUUUCUUCCUCAAGUUUGUCUCGACCACCCCCUUCUGCCCAAACUCUCUCUGAGCCAGAGAAGAAGAAGCAUUUGAAGACUCGGGGGCAGAGGAUUAUUGAGUCUCCUCCUCGAGAUCCUCCGAGUUCGUCCUCCGUUCCUCCUCCUGGCCCUGGUGGUGGUGAUUCCUCUGCUUCUCUGAAAAGAUAA